GUGUACGAUGUCAAGUACGAAAAGGGCGGCGACGGCGUGCGUUCCAAGCUCGUCUUCAUCUUUUGGGCACCAGACACGGCCAAGGUGAAGAGCAAGAUGGUGUCUGCCUCGAGCAAGGACACAAUCCGCCGUGCACUCAACGGCGUCGGCAUCGAAGUGCAGGCCACAGACUCCUCGGAGGUCGAGUACGAUGCAGUGCUCGAGAAGGUCCAGCGUCUUGGCUUCUAAAGCGGGGGAACAGAAGGCUUUGUCCGAUGUGUGCUAGGUAGAUAAUCCCAAUGCUACAGGCUGGCUGGCUGCUGUGCUGCUUUGUGACUGUGUGCUCUCUUGCUCAGCCGGCGCGCCAAGAGAGCGACAAACACAAAGACUUGGCGAGUCCACUUCCAUAUCUGCUCAGAGAGAAAGCUAUAAAGAAGACGUGAUCCUGCCUCGCUGCUUGAGAGAAGGCCUCUGCGCUUUGGCCUGCUGAAUUAGCCGCGUCCACUAUGCUUUCCGAUGCUGCUAUGCAAGAGCUACCAGCGCCACCUAUGCCACGCAAAUCAUCACGACGCAGAAGCAGCCAGAUGAGUGCGUCUGCUCUUGCCUCUGUUUCGCUCCAUGAUUCUGAGCCUUCUGCGCCAAGUACGCCAGCACUUGGGUUACAAGGCCAGCCGGACGAAAUCGGAGUUAAGCUAUCUGAACAUGACGACCACUCUGGGAACAUGGCCAAUGAAGCACAAAGCCAGCCUGAAAGGACAAACACUGCAUCUGCGCCAAGACUUCCUUCACGUAGACCCUCCUCUACAUCUUAUCGCGUCAAAUGUAUCACCUUUCUUGGCGAACGCGUGCCCAUCCUCUGCCAAGCAGCAAAUGGCCCCUGCCCAAUUCUUAGCAUCGCCAACUUUCUCUCCUUGACGGGUUCACUACGUCUCCCUAGAAGUGGACUGCUGGCAGCUGACGACUUGACACAGCUGCUUGCUGACCAUCUCUUACAACAAGAAUCAAGCGAUCUCACCAUGAUUGCAAAACUUGGCAAUCUUCACAAAGGGCUCGAUGUCAACCCGCAGUUUCAUGCAAGCUCAGCUUUCAAAGAGGGUCCAGAAAUCAUGGCGGCGUUUGAGGCUCAAUUGGUUCAUGCAUGGCUGCCUGACCCAGAGACCGAGUCAGAUGCCUACAAGCUUCUCACAGAUGGCCCAGGGGCACAGGGCUACGAGGCAGCUCAGGCAUUUGUCCUGAACAAUAUCGAGUCACAGACUCCAGAAGGCGAGCAGGCGCUCUUGCUUCAACAGUGGUUUGAUACGCAUGCAACGUGUAUGACUGCAUUUGGACUGCAAGCGUUAAGGGAGAGUAUGCAAUCAGGGGAAUUGCGCAUCCUCUUCUACAACUCCCACUUCAGUCUGCUUCUCAAGCACUUUGAGUCGGAUGGUCUCUUUUGUCUAGUCUCGGAUGCAGGCUAUGCACACACUGGUGACGAUGUUGUCUGGGAAUCAUUGACGCAGGGGGAGGCUUCGGUCAUGCUGUCAAGUGACUUUGUCCCUCGAGAUGUACUGUCGUCCUCGCGCAAAGAGGACGCUUUUGGCCAACAAGCUCCUUCUCCCGCGCCAGCUCAUCAAGAAGGUAGUGAAGAUGCUGCGUACGCAAGAGCACUGCAAGAAGAAGACGACUUGGCGGUCGCACAGCGACUCCAGGAUGAGGAGCAAGCAAACUAUGCCCGACGUGAACGGGAUCAUCAGAGACGACAGCAACAACAAGUAGAGCAACAACAGCAGUCAUCACAUCAAGGAGCCAAUGCCGGACUCCAAGGACAUACACAACAAGCAAUGCAGCCUCAGCGGCAGAUCAAGGACACUGUGCCAAAUCAACCGCCUAGAUCUGCAAAGCGCGGCAAGAAGGAGUGUAUCAUUAUGUAGGUAUGAAAACGA